CCCACAGCUGUGCGUAUGACGUCACUGCGCUCGGUGACGGAGGAGAAGGAGACGAGAAGCGGAGGAGAAGCGGCUGCUUGGGACAGAGUCACCAUGAAUCUGAAACGGAGACGUGACCUGCUGUACAGCACUCGCUGCUGCGGUUGCUGCCAUGUCCGCACCGGGACCAUCAUCCUGGGCACCAAGUACAUGGUAAUGAAUUUACUCAUGGGCAUUCUCCUGACAGUGAAGGUCACUCAUCCUGAUACUGUGCCGACAGUUGAUAUCCAGUAUGAAGUUAUUGGGAACUACUAUGCUUCAGAGAAAGUGGCUGAGAACGCCUGCGUCCUGUUUGCCAUUUCCCUGCUAAUGUUCACCAUGAGUGCAAUGAUGGUGUAUGGAGCAAUCACCCACCGAGGUGGCUGGCUGAUCCCGUUCCUCUGUUACCAGCUGUUUGACUUUGCCCUGACCUGCCUCCUUGCUAUCAGCUCCAUCACAUACCUGCCAGGAAUUAAGGAUUAUUUAGAGCAGUUGCCCGAGUUCCCCUAUAAAGAUGACCUGCUGGCCAUGGACUCCAGCUGCCUUCUGUUUAUUGUCCUAGUUGUGGGCGCAUUCAUCAUCAUUCUAAAGGCUUACCUGAUCAAUUGUGUGUGGAACUGCUAUAAGUACAUCGGCAACAGGAAUCUGCCGGAGAUUGCAGUGUACCCAGCGUUUGAAACCCCUCCACAGUACAUCCUGCCCACAUACGAGAUGGCCGUUAAGAUGCCAGAGAAGGAGAAAGACCCUCCGCCGCCUUACCUCCCGGCCGACAAGGAUUUAUAACCUCUCUCCAUCUCUGUUCUCAUACUGCUGUCACCAUGGUCCCUGCAGAAUAACGAAUUCUAAAGACAAAAAGUCCUUUAUUUUUAUGUAACAUGAUGCUUGUAUUGCCUUAACCUUAAAAUAAGGAUGUCUUACACUUUUUUGACAAUCUUACUGAUUAAAGUUUACUGGGGUAGUAGAUGCGGGAAAAUAAAAUGAUUUAGUGGUACAUUUUUCAUUUUUUAUUUUUAGAUUUCAUCUUUUGCUUGUUGUGACUGUUGUCUUCUCAUGCCUUAGCCCCAUCACUUGUGGAGAGCCAGGCGGCAUAUUGCAGAAAAUGCAUUGCUGAUCCUCCCAGCGGUGAGGGGAUGAUGGGAAAACCAGCAAUGUGGGGGGAAGGUUUUAGUUUUCAAUGUUUUUGAUAUUUUACAGCAUGGCGGUAUCAUAAAUGAUUACAAAUGCAGAAAUAUUUAGGACUUGCGUGUGGUCACUGAAGCAUGUCUCUAACCUUUAUGUUCUCCACCUUUUAACUGUGAUGAGAUCAUGCUUUAAUAAAUCUUUCUAGAAAAUG